GAAAGGAGGGGGGUGAAGAGAGAGGCGAGCGGGCGAGGCGGUGCCGGCGAAGCGAGUGGCUCAUGGAUUCGGAGCAGAGCUGGCCCCGCCUCCCGGCCCGGCCCCUUUCCAGCCCCUUCACAUGGGCUCCCUCUCGAGCUUGCGGUUGCUGAGGAGGAGUUGUUGUCGGCUGAGGCGGCGCUCGCCCUCCUUCCGUUCCGAUAACUCUGCCGCCGCCGCCGCCCCACGACCUGAAGAGAGAGCCAGGUUGCAGGCAGGCUGCCUAUGGGGCAUGGAGGGAGAAGAGGAGGAGCAGGAGAAGCCGCCGCCGCCGCCGCCUCCUCCACCACCCGGCUCCACGACCUACCCGGCCAUUCAGCGUGUCGGCAUUGCAGUGGAUGAGACGAAUGUGCUGCCGGGGGCUUUGCAGCUGAUCCGAAAGCUGAGACCACAAUGGGAGACCGAGCGUGUUAAAACCAAGCUCUUCACUGAAGGCAUCACCAACAAGCUCAUGGCUUGCUUCACAGAUGAGAAUAUGAGGGAUGCAGUCCUGGUGCGGGUCUAUGGCAGGAAGACAGAACUGAUUGUGGACCGGGCAAAUGAGCUGCACAAUUUCCAGGUGCUUCAAGGUCAUGGCUGUGCUCCCAAUCUCUACUGCACCUUUGAGAAUGGUUACUGUUACGAAUUCAUGCCAGGGAAGGCACUGGGACCAGAACAUAUCCGGCAGCCAAAUAUAUUCAGGCUGGUUGCCCAAGAAAUGGCUAAAAUGCACAGGAUCCACACAAAUGGGAGUCUCCCAAAACCGUGUCUCUGGCAUCGACUAUAUAAGUACUUUAACAUCGUGAAAAAUGAGUUUGUCAGGAAGGCAUCAAAUCUCAGCCUCCAUCAGGAAGUGCACAUUCCCAGUCUAGAGGUGCUAGAAGAAGAGAUUCGCUGGAUGAAAGAACAUCUCUCUCAACUUCGAUCUCCAAUAGUCUUUUGCCACAAUGACCUUUUGAGCAAGAACAUCAUCUACAACAAGGCAGAAGGUCGUGUCCGGUUCAUAGAUUACGAAUACACUGGUUACAACUAUCAAGCCUAUGACAUUGGGAAUCACUUCAAUGAGUUUGCAGGGCUGAAUGAGGUGGAUUACAAUCUAUACCCGUGCAAGGAGCUCCAGCUUCAGUGGCUGAGGUACUAUCUGGAGGCCUACAAGGGACUAAGUCAGGAGGACCAGGGAGAAGGAAGCAAAAGCAGAGGCGAAAAUGGAGCUGUGUGUGAAGAGGAACUCGAGAGCCUCUAUGUGCAAGUGAACCAGUUUGCUUUAGCCUCCCAUUUCUUGUGGGCCUGCUGGGGUCUGAUUCAAGCACAGUUCUCUACCAUAGACUUUAAUUUUGCCAGAUAUGCAGACAUACGAUUUAAACAGUACUUUAAAACAAAGCCUGCAGUGACAUCCCUCAAAAUGUCCAAGUGAGGUUGAAGUCCAAAGAAUCUUCUGGACCUCAAGAUUCCAUGUCAUUUUCUCCGGUGUAGAGUAUCUCUGCCACCCUGUUGUCUUGCAGUUGCUUCAAUAAUGGGUGAGCAAACAUCAUGAAACAGGAAAGGAAAAGGAAAGCAUACCUUCUAUGAAGCCAACAAAUUAAAUCCAGCCCCUGGAACAUGGCUGUGCCAUCCACGAAGUACCUGCCACAUGAUGCUUUCAGAAGGUGAUGUUAGGACAUGGCUGCCGGCCAGAGAUUUUCAUUCACAGAGCUUGUGGUAUUAAGGAAUGCUUCAAGUGCUUCUAGGCUUAAAGAAAGGGUGGCAAAGAGUAGGAGGGGAAGGAUUUGGCUUACAGUGUUAUAUGGCCUUGUAUACAUCAGAACUAGAUGGGAUAUCUUCUGUUCUUUGGUUGGGGGAAAACUGACGUAUGGGUAGUGGUGGUUGUAUUAACUAUCCACAGGAUUAUGCUGUUUUGAGCUGGACUAUUGAAUGCUGGCACCCCUUUACCACAGUAACAGGAGCAGCUUCAGUUCCUUUCAAUUCUACUCUAUUGCCAAAGCACAGGGCAGAAUCCACACCUCCGGCUUUUUGUUUUUCAACAGACAAAAAAAUCAGGAACACAUCAUCUCAUGCUCAGCAGUGAGCUCUUUAAGAUACAAGAGAAACAGAAAAACGGCAUAAGUAUCUAUUUGGAGCUUUCUGGAGCUAGUAAGUAGAGCAGCCUUCUGUGCCAUUGACUGGCGAAGGGGUUCUCUACACUGCAAGUCCUGCCAUAGGUCACUUUGAAGAGAGAAGAUUUUAUUGCUUGAAACCCAAGGAUAUGGGGGGAAACAAAUAGUCACAGACACACCCAUGCACCUUUAGUAAGAAAAAAAAUAGUGAACUAAAAAUAAAUGGCUACAUGGAGUUUUUCUAGAGCUUGAAAAUAUCACUCUUUUUUUUUGUCUGUAACUUCCAGAAUUCUCCAUCCAGCAUGGCCAGUGGCUGGGAAAGUCUGGGAGCUGUAACUUUUUUCAAGCUCUUAGGUUUUCCUAGUAUACAGUCAUCACAAUAGUAAUAUGUGGGACAAAUUUACCUGUCUUUUACUUCCCCCAGCCCAACUUGCUGUGUUUGUGUUCCAUAUGGCAUCAAAAGUGCCUUCCUAACUGGAUUAUUUGUGGGUUUGCCUGAAUCUGUACCAACUGAGUGUUUUAAGACUGUGAAAGUACCUGUUUCUCCAAAAGACUAGAGUGGUUUUUAAAAACAUGGUGGGCAUCUGUUAAAAAAUAGAAGGCAAAUGAAAAUUAUGUCAGUAGAGUGAGGACGAAGAAGAAAAUUACACACAUGCCUUACAGUGGAAUUUGUGUACAAGAAUGGUUCCCUGUGGCAUGAAUGCUACACCAAACUGCAUCGGCUGUGCACAGGGGAAGAAAGAGACUUUAUUAACAGUGUAAACUCUUAACUGUAUUCAGGCCUUCAAAAGGAAAUUAAUUUGAAAGUGUGAGUAGUGGGGAGACUUCUAGCCCCACUCGCUGCCUCCACAGGUCGAGGGACUGUCUGAAAAAGAGAAAACCUACUGUAUAUGGAGCCUCCCCAUUCUGUUGGGAACUCUAAUUUUGUAGUAUCCUUAGUCUAGAGGGGCUGUACAUGUAGCAGGCUGCUUCCUGUUCAGAUAGUCCUUCUUUCAGUCUCAUCUCCAUGCUUGCAUUUUCAAAUUAACCAUUUUCCGAAUGCCUUAAUAGCACUGUUGUGGCAAAAUACAACAUAGAGAGGAUCACCUGACCUUCUCAGCCCCCUUGCAUCAAGCCUUACUUUAUAUGUAAAUAGAUCUAUUUAUCCCUAGAUUGUGGAAAACUGGAAUCAACUUGAAACAUUCCUUAUGAACUGUGAAUAGCUCACAUGGUGCUUUGUCUUACAAGAAGGCAUUCAAGUUCCUUUUCUGAGAGGGCCUAUCUGACAACACGCUUCCUCUGGGUUCUCCUGUUAUAAUGAGGAAAGCAUGUGUCUAGACCAGUGGUUCUCAAACUGGGUUUCCCAGAUGUUCUUGGACUGCAGUUCUCAGAAGCCUUCACCACUUUUUCUGCUGGCCAGAAUUUUUGGGAGUUGCAGUCCAAAAACAUCUGGAGGCCCAAGUUUGACAACCAUUGGUCCUACACCACCUUGCCAUUUUGCUUUUUCCCAGUGCUAAGAAAGGCUCACUGAGAACUGGGGUUAUAUUUCUUCCCCAUGGACUUCUGUUUAGUGAGCCAUUAAGAAUAACUCAUGAUAUCUCCCUUCUUCAUUACUUAGUCAGGGACACAAGUAUCUCCAAUGUUCAUAUUUAUUUUGAAGUGAAGAUAAAAAUAGCCUCCUGCUGUCUUUUUAAUUGCUCUGCUAUUAUAAUUAACUUCCUUUCCUGCAAAGCUACACCUCCCAAGUUCCGAGUUCCUGUGGUGUGCCUGCCCUUGUUGAGCUGGUGGAGAAGACUUUUUAAGAGAACAUAAUAAAUACCUCCUAGAUGUCCUUUCUGCCCCUACAGGCAGCAACUCCUACAUGCCACAAAAUCUGGGAAGCAGUUUCCCGCAAAAGAUGGGAAGCAGGAAAUUGAUGGAAGUCUACCAAUUUCACUUCUAGUAGGAGAAAUGGGGAAGAUGUGGCCCAUCAGAUGUUAAACCCGCAAUGCUUUGCCGUUGACUAGAUUUGCUGCUGAAAACGGUGGUCAGUGCCAUCCUAGAAUAUCUGGAGGGUCACACGCACACUACCAUUCCUACCAUAAGUAAUGUGAACAGUUUCUCCAAUUUAUACAAGGAACUGAACUGCUUUGAAAUCAGUCCUGAGUAUAAAGAAAACAUGACCGCAUUUUUCAGAGGAACUUACCCCUCCCAGGAUAUCUUUCAUGGUACAUGUGUGUGUGUUUUUAAUUCCAUUCAGACACGGAAGUUACUGUUUUUAUUUGCAAGCACUGGGUUUGUGCACUUGGAACUUGGAUAAGUUGAUUUUGGGAGGGGCUACAACGGUCGGAAUCUUGUAGUUUGCAUGACCGGGCCAUGCUGGCUGGAAGAUUCAAGCAGUUGCAGUCCAGAAAGGUAACUUUUCCAAGUUCUGAGUGCGAUCUCAUUAAGGUAGCCAACCAUGUGCUUGUCUUCCAGAAAGUAUGUCCAGGGCCAGCUCAUAUAUAUAAUGCUGCAGGAAAUUUUAACAGACAUGGGAAUCAUUUGUUGGUACAACACACUGCAGUGGGCAAAGAAGAAAGCUGCAAGACCUCGAGCAUGACCAGAUCUAUCACUAACCAUGAUAACCACCAGAACUAUUUAUAGGCAAGGUCCAUCAGCACUGCCUUCUAUGCUGUUCUGUUCUCAUACAUGUCAUUAUAGGAAUUGCUUUUCUGCACGAAACUUUCAAGAAUUAUGACCGAAAACAAAAAUAAUGAUGUGGCUGAGCAGGUUAUGUGGAGAUAAGCUGUACUUUCUGUGUGUGACCUACUAGGAUAAAGAAGUGCUGUCAAAGCAGAGGGCAGCAUUUUUCCAAGAGGGCUUCACCUCACAGCAUACCCAUGUUGGCAAAAUGUAAAUUGGCCACUAAAAUUGGAUUGCUUGGUGCAUUUCAGACAAUGGUAUCUUCACAAGUUGACAUUCCACAUAGAUUCUCUCAUAUAAGGAAUGCAAAAGGAUCAGCAUGGUAAAAAGAUACACGAAAUGGAUCUAGAGAUGGGCACUUGGGAGGCAGCAUCCUGGCUUCCCUACCCCAUCUCCUCCAGGUUCUGCCUCUGAGUGGAGGGGACAGGAGGCAGAAUUGCCCAAACACCUAUUUGUGACACUAAAUGAACCAGGACAAACCAGCAGUUCAUACCUGUCUCUAGAUGACUCCUUUACAUAGAGGCAGAAUCUGAAAUAUCUUACAGAUUCUUGAGUCUCACAUUUUUUUAAAGAGGGCCUUCAGACCCUCCACUUAUUCCAGAAUAUUUCAGUGUUUAAGGUGUUUUCUAACAACUGUAUUGUAUUUGGUUCAGUAGAUCAUAGAGGUUCUUGUAUUAAAGCAAUGUCACUGCAGUGUGAAAGUUUCAGAAGAGUUAAGAUUAAAAUAAAGCACUCACUACAAGAGCAACAGGAGCACCCUUGACUGUGGAACAUGCACUGUAUGUAUGAUCUGUUCUCAACAACGAAACACAGGAGGAGCAAGUUUGUUUGGUUAGAAAUAAGAAACGCUAUGCAAAGCACUGUUUGGCUGGACACUAAUAACAGCAUUUAAGUAUGCUGCCCUCAGAACAGUUUUGUGGCUUAAAGCAAGGAAUUGGGGUUUAUUUUGAAAUUGGAAUUUUGAAAACAAAUGCUGUAUGAUUGCUUUAGACUCUAAUUCUGCAAACAAGAGAUUAAAGAACUUAGAAAAGUUGCUUGCUUUAUCUACAACUCCCAGAAUGCUCUGGGAGCAUUCUAGUAAUUAUAGUCCAAGAAAGUAACUUUUCAAAACUCGAUGCUACAAAAGCAGCCAGUCCACCAGAACCACAGAGGAAAGGCAAAACUGCCUCAUGAAGAAAUCUUUGGGCACAGGUUCAUGUUUCCUUCAAAAAAUGAAAAUGAGCGGUACUGAACUUAUGUCACAGGAGCAAAAAAAAUGCUUCUAUUCCAUGCUGGUUCAUUUUUGCAUAUAUUUGUAUGUACCUUUGUGUACCCAGAAGCUGGGCAGCUUGAGUUCCAGAAUUAAGGGUUCUGGGUAGCUUCCCUGUGUUGAGCUAAAUCCAAUUAUUAGCCCCAACUACAGUAAAAAUUCUGAAUGAUGGGACUUGCUAAAGUCUACACCUGGGUAAGUCCUAUUGAUUCAGUUAGUUUUUUUCAGUUGAGACUAAUGGUUAGAUGUAGCCUUUUGCUUUUUGUGCCACAGGGCACUUGUUGUGAAUCAUAAUGUUUGGUCUGACAUGUUGGUGCUCAUGUGUAACACUGUACUAUAGACUUGAAAGACAAGUUUACUGUGUAGUUUUGUAAUGUAAUUGAAAUAUGCUCUAAAGAGCUUCAGAACUA